AUGAUUCUGACUUCUAAUCUGACACUGACUCUUACUCUAACUCCUACUCUGACUCCUUUUCUGACUCCUACUCUGACUCCUACUCUGACUCCUACUCUGACUCCUACUCUGACUCCUACUCUGACUCCCACUCUGACUCCCACUCUAACUUCUACUCUGACUCCUUCUCUGACUCCUACUCUCACUCCUUCUCUGACUCCUACUCUGACUCUGACUCCUUCUCUGACUCCUACUCUGACUCCUUUGCUGACUCCUACUCUCACUCCUUCUCUGACUCCUACUCUGACUCUGACUCCUUCUCUGACUCCUAAUUUGACUCCGAUUCCUACUCUGACUCCCACUCUGACUUCUACUCUGACUCCUACUCUACUCUCCUUCUCUUUCUCUUACUCCUACUCUGACUUCUACUCUGACUCCGACUCCUACUCUUACUCCUACUCUGACUUCCACUCUGACUCUGACUCGUACUCUGACUCCUUCUCUGACUCCUUCUCUGACUCCUACUCUGACUCCCACUCUGACUUCUACUCUGACUCCUACUCUACUCUCAUUCUCUUUCUCUUACUCCUACUCUGA